AAAACGCUUCAUAUAUUUUUUUCAUCAAAUUAUCGUUUUUACAUUUAUAAUUUUUGCUCAAAUUAUAAAAAGCAUGUAGCGAUACACAUGUAUAAACGCUUUGGCGCACGACCUUUAGAUCCGCCGUAUUUGGUAUAUGAAAAGCUGUCAUAUACUGAUUGGUUUUAGUUCAUCAAGAAAAUGCGGGUUGCACUAGGAAUAGUUUCAGUCAUAAUUUUACUGGCAGUUUACGGUGAAGGCAACGAUGUGGUAUUGUUCAAAAGCGUUCACUUCCCUAAAUCUCAGAAAGUUCUUCCAGUAGAAGUGGGACGAUACAAGCGUGGCUUUGGUGACACUGACACUGGUAAUCGAGCAACAGAGACAGCGCCCCCUACAACAGUCUCACCACCGCUUACACCCCCAGAUGGCACCACUGCUACCACAACAUCUAAAAGUAACACAACAGCGACAGCAGCAACAACUACAGUAACAGCAGGAACAACAAAAACAGCAGCGACAACAAAGCAAACUGUUUCCUCAACCCCAACAGGUGGUAAUGUAACAGAUUCCACAAGAGAGACUACAACAAGCGCUGGUCACGUGAUCUCUAAGACGCUCGCAUAUAUUUCUUUCACUAUUAUUAUUAUAGAAUAUAUUCUAUUUCAAUAACCAAAUUCUCCUUUUUGUUCACUUUUUUGAAAUACCCCAAAAUAAGUUUUAAAAAUAGAAAAAAAAAACAAAAA